CGCGACGCUGCCUCCACAGCUUGCGGAGAAGCGGAGACCGCGGUCAUCGCUGGGCUCCACAGCGGAACGACGCGCACUUGGAGCCGGCGCAGCUCAGCGGGUUUUGACUUUUUUGCACUGAAUGUAACCUAGACUGAUCGUCUCAGUUGCCCCAGGAUACUGUCAGAGGUGUCUACUGUCAGAGUGCUUGAAGAGUUCCACUAUCACCUUUUUCCAAAAGGCAAACCAAUGGGUUGAGAAAGGCAGUGUUUGUGUGUGUCUGCAGCGUUUUGCACAGAGUCUGUUCCCAUGCAAACCAAUGAGGGAGAAGUAGAGGAAGAAAGCAGCUCCCAGGUGGAACAGGAGGAUUUUGUAAUGGAAGGGCAUGGCAAGACUCCACCUCCUGGAGAAGAAAGCAAACAAGAGAAGGAGCAAGAAAGGGAAGAACAGUUAAUGGAAGACAAGAAAAGGAAGAAAGAGGAUAAAAAGAAAAAAGAAGCCACCCAGAAGGUCACGGAACAAAAAACCAAAGUGCCCGAAGUGACGAAACCAAGUUUAAGCCAACCAACGGCCGCCAGCCCAAUUGGCAGCUCUCCAUCGCCACCAGUCAAUGGUGGCAACAAUGCCAAAAGGGUGGCAGUGCCGAACGGACAACCGCCAAGCGCCGCCCGCUACAUGCCUCGGGAGGUGCCCCCGCGAUUCCGUUGCCAGCAGGACCACAAAGUGUUACUAAAACGUGGGCAGCCCCCUCCACCGUCCUGCAUGCUCCUUGGGGGUGGGGCGGGGCCUCCUCCCUGCACAGCACCUGGAGCAAACCCAAACAACAACGCACAAGUGACCGGAGCGCUGCUGCAGAGCGAGAGUGGGACUGUACCAGAGUCAACCCUUGGAGGUGCUGCUGCUUCAAAUUAUGCAAAUUCCACUUGGGGCCCGGGAGCCUCCUCCAACAACGGCGCCUCCCCCAACCCAAUUCACAUCUGGGACAAGGUGAUUGUAGACGGGUCUGACAUGGAAGAGUGGCCUUGUAUUGCCAGCAAAGACACUGAAUCUUCUUCCGAAAACACCACCGAUAACAACAGUGCCUCGAACCCUGGCUCUGAGAAGAGCAGUUUGCCAGGAAGUACCACUAGUAACAAAGGCAAAGGGAGCCAGUGCCAGCCUGCAGGUUCUGGGAAUGAAUGUAAUCUCGGGGUCUGGAAAUCUGACCCUAAGGCUAAGUCUGUUCAGUCUCCCAACUCUACUUCAGAUAGCAACAAUGGACUAGGAAACUGGAGGGGUACUACAAGUGGUCAAGAUAGAAUUGGACCUGGCUCUGGCUUCAGCAAUUUUAACCCAAAUAGCAACCCAUCUGCCUGGCCAGCAUUGGUCCAAGAAGGAACUUCUAGGAAAGGGGCAUUGGAAACAGAAAAUGGUAGUUCCAGUGCACAAGUUAGCACAGUAGGUCAGGCAUCCAGGGAACAGCAGUCAAAGAUGGAAAAUGCGGGUGUUAAUUUUGUUGUCUCUGGCAGAGAACAGGCUCAAAUUCAUAACACUGAUGGACCAAAAAAUGGAAACACUAACUCCUUGAACUUAAGUUCACCAAACCCCAUGGAAAAUAAGGGAAUGCCCUUUGGACUGGGCUUGGGGAACACCUCCAGGAGCACUGAUGCCCCUUCACAAAGCACUGGAGAUCGAAAGACUGGGAGUGUUGGGUCUUGGGGUGCAGCUAGGGGGCCUUCUGGAACUGACACAGUCUCUGGACAAAGCAAUUCUGGAAAUAAUGGGAACAAUGGAAAAGACAGAGAGGACUCCUGGAAAGGAGCUUCUGUUCCAAAACCAACUGGGUCAAAAAGUGACUCUUGGGACAACAAUAACAGGUCUACGGGUGGGUCCUGGAACUUUGGCCCUCAGGACUCUAACGACAACAAAUGGGGUGAAGGGAACAAAAUGACAUCUGGGGUCUCUCAGGGAGAAUGGAAACAGCCGACUGGGUCUGAUGAAUUGAAAAUUGGAGAAUGGAGUGGUCCAAACCAACCAAAUUCUAGCACUGGAGCAUGGGACAAUCAAAAGGGCCACCCCCUCCCUGAAAACCAAGGCAAUGCCCAGGCUCCCUGUUGGGGAAGAUCUUCCAGCUCCGCAGGAAGUGAAGUUGGAGGUCAAAGCACUGGAAGCAACCACAAAGCAGGAAGUAGUGACAGUCACAAUUCUAGUCGUCGGUCAUACAGGCCCACACAUCCUGACUGCCAGGCUGUCUUGCAGACUCUUUUGAGCCGGACUGAUUUGGACCCUAGGGUGCUCUCAAACACUGGCUGGGGCCAAACUCAAAUUAAGCAGGACACAGUAUGGGAUAUUGAAGAGGUGCCAAGGCCUGAGGGGAAAUCUGACAAAGGAACUGAGGGGUGGGAGAGCGCUGCCACACAGACCAAGAACUCAGGGGGCUGGGGAGAUGCACCCAGCCAAAGCAAUCAAAUGAAGUCUGGAUGGGGGGAGCUCUCAGCCUCUACAGAGUGGAAAGACCCCAAGAACACAGGAGGCUGGAAUGACUAUAAGAACAACAACUCUUCUAACUGGGGAGGAGGACGAGCGGAUGAAAAGACACCUUCCUCUUGGAAUGAGAGUUCUUGUAAGGAUCAGGGGUGGGGAGGUGGGCGCCAACCCAACCAAGGAUGGACUUCUGGGAAGAAUGGUUGGGGUGAGGAGGUUGAUCAAGUGAAAAAUAACAAUUGGGAAAGUUCUGCCAAUAAGCCUGUGUCAGGGUGGGGUGAAGGAGGGCAGAAUGAAAUUGGAACUUGGGGUAAUGGUGGGAAUACAAACCUAGCUUCAAAAGGUGGAUGGGAAGAUUGCAAAAGAUCCCCUGCAUGGAAUGAGACAGGCAGACAGCCCAAUUCCUGGAAUAAACAACACCAACAGCAGCAGCAGCCACCGCCACCACAGCCAGAGGCUUCUGGUUCUUGGGGAGGCCCACCCCCACCACCUCAAAGCAAUGUUCGACCUUCUAAUUCCAACUGGAGCAGUGGGCCCCAGCCUGCAACCCCUAAAGAUGAUGAACCCAGUGGUUGGGAGGAGCCAUCCCCACAGUCAAUUAGUCGAAAAAUGGACAUCGAUGAUGGCACUUCAGCUUGGGGAGACCCUAACAGUUAUAACUACAAGAAUGUGAACCUUUGGGAUAAGAAUUCUCAAGGGGGCCCAGCACCUCGAGAACCAAACCUGCCUACCCCGAUGACCGGAAAAUCAGCAUCGGUCUGGAGCAAAAGCACACCACCUGCUCCAGAUAAUGGGACGUCAGCCUGGGGUGAGCCAAAUGAAAGCAGUCCUGGGUGGGGUGAAAUGGAUGAUGCAGGAGCAUCAACCACAGGCUGGGGAAACACACCUGCCAACGCUCCCAAUGCCAUGAAACCCAAUUCCAAAUCUAUGCAAGACGGCUGGGGGGAGAGUGAUGGACCAGUCACAGGAGCUCGCCAUCCUAGCUGGGAAGAGGAGGAUGACGGAGGAGGAGUCUGGAACACCGCCGGCUCUCAGGGAAGCACUUCCUCCCACAACUCAGCAAGCUGGGGACAAGGAGGAAAGAAGCAAAUGAAGUGCUCGCUAAAAGGAGGAAACAACGAUUCGUGGAUGAAUCCUCUUGCCAAACAGUUUUCAAAUAUGGGAUUGCUGAGUCAAACUGAGGAUAACCCAAGCAGCAAAAUGGAUUUGUCUGUAGAUAAGAAAUUUGAUGUGGACAAGAGAACAAUGAAUCUCGGGGAUUUUAAUGAUAUCAUGAGGAAGGAUCGACCUGGGUUCCGUCCACCUAAUUCCAAAGACUUGGGAACCACAGACAGUGGGCCUUAUUUUGAGAAGGGCGGCAGUCAUGGUUUGUUUGGAAACAGCACAGCACAAUCGAGAGGCCUGCACACUCCAGUGCAGCCACUGAGUUCUUCUCCUGGUCUCCGGGCGCAAGUGCCUCCCCAGUUUAUCUCUCCCCAGGUUUCUGCCUCAAUGCUCAAGCAGUUCCCCAACAGCGGCCUGAAUCCAGGUCUCUUUAAUGUGGGACCCCAGUUAUCUCCUCAACAAAUUGCCAUGCUGAGCCAGCUCCCACAGAUUCCCCAGUUUCAGUUGGCAUGUCAGCUUCUCCUGCAGCAGCAGCAGCAACAGCAGCAGUUGCUACAGAACCAGAGAAAGAUUUCUCAAGCAGUGCGCCAGCAGCAAGAACAGCAGCUGGCAAGAAUGGUGAGUGCUCUCCAGCAGCAGCAACAGCAGCAGCAGCAGCAGCAGAGGCAGCCUAGCAUGAAGCAUUCACCUUCUCAUCCUGUUGGGCCUAAGCCACAUUUGGACAACAUGGUACCCAACGCGCUGAAUGUGGGGCUCCCAGACCUUCCAACCAAAGGGCCAAUCCCUGGAUAUGGUUCUGGCUUCAGUUCUGGUGGUAUGGAUUAUGGUAUGGUUGGUGGCAAGGAGGCUGGGACUGAGUCUCGCUUCAAACAAUGGACCUCAAUGAUGGAAGGGCUGCCAUCUGUGGCCACACAAGAAGCCACCAUGCACAAAAACGGCGCUAUAGUGGCCCCUGGUAAGACCCGAGGAGGUUCACCAUACAACCAGUUUGAUAUAAUCCCAGGUGACACACUGGGUGGCCAUACAGGUCCUGCUGGUGAUAGCUGGUUACCUGCCAAAUCUCCACCGACUAAUAAAAUCGGAAGUAAAUCCAGCAAUGCCAGUUGGCCUCCAGAAUUCCAACCAGGAGUGCCAUGGAAAGGUAUCCAAAAUAUUGACCCUGAGUCGGACCCCUAUGUCACCCCAGGAAGUGUGCUGGGGGGUACAACCACAUCUCCCAUUGUAGAUACUGACCACCAACUGCUGCGGGAUAACACCACAGGGUCUAAUUCUUCCCUCAACACCUCGCUGCCUUCACCUGGUGCCUGGCCCUACAGUGCCUCUGAUAACUCCUUUACCAACGUUCAUAGCACUUCAGCAAAGUUCCCUGAUUACAAAUCCACGUGGUCCCCAGAUCCCAUAGGACACAACCCCACUCAUCUCUCCAACAAGAUGUGGAAAAACCACAUCUCCUCCAGGAACACUACACCGCUGCCCCGCCCACCUCCUGGCCUGACCAACCCCAAACCGGCAUCUCCGUGGAGCAGCACAGCACCCCGAUCAGUCAGGGGAUGGGGGACACAGGACUCCCGGAUUGCCUCAGCCUCUACCUGGAGUGAUGGUGGCUCUGUUCGUCCUAGUUACUGGCUGGUUCUUCACAAUCUCACUCCACAGAUUGACGGAUCAACCUUGAGAACGAUCUGCAUGCAGCAUGGCCCACUGCUGACAUUCCACCUGAAUCUAACCCAGGGCACUGCCCUGAUCCGGUACAGCACCAAACAAGAGGCAGCCAAGGCCCAGACUGCACUGCACAUGUGUGUGUUGGGAAACACUACCAUCCUGGCCGAGUUUGCCACUGAGGAUGAAGUCAGCCGCUUUCUGGCUCAAGCUCAGCCCCCUACACCUGCAGCAACCCCGAGUGCACCUGCCACAGGGUGGCAGUCACUGGAGACCAGCCAGAGCCAAGCAGACCCUGUCGGACCUGCGCUGAACCUUUUUGGUGGGUCCACCGGGCUCGGGCAGUGGAGCAGCAGCGCUGGUGGCAGCAGUGGGGCCGAUCUUGCCGGCACUUCCUUGUGGGGCCCCCCAAACUAUUCUUCUAGCUUGUGGGGAGUCCCGACGGUGGAAGAUCCCCAUAGGAUGGGCAGCCCUGCUCCUUUACUACCUGGUGACCUUCUAGGAGGAGGGUCGGAUUCAAUCUGAACUUAGAACUUUCAACUCUGACCUCGUGACCUUUUUUGGAACAGCAGCAGCACUAACUUGACCUUUUCGUUUUUUUUUUCAA